AGCGCGCCACCACUUCAGUAGAAAAAUUAAAUUGUGCUGCUUGCCGUCAAAAAGUUCCGUGCUGUAGCUAUUACUAGUCUUGCUUUUGUGACCCAGUGUCGCUAGAAAUUUAUCAGCAGUAUCUGCCAAAUCAGUUUAUGAACAAUCGGAUUACUCUUAAAAUCGGCUAAUUAAUGGCAUAUGCAAGUUAAUUUUGAUGAAUAUUUAGACGUACAAAUAUCGAUACAAGUGUAGAGGAACUGCAGUUCAAUCGAAUGUGCAGUGCGAAAAGCAGAGCAGUGACGAGUGAAUAAAAAAUAAUAUACAUAUGUAUAGAGAUUUUCAAUGACAUAGCACGUUCACAUACGAAGAGGAUUAAUUUUUAGGCGUUAUAUGAAACAAUUUUAUUAAUUUUACGUAAACACCCAAAAGGUUAUUGGUGUAAUCUCUUUUCGACGAACUAUUUUAGCAUUGAUUAUCCGUCAAUUGAAUUGUGUGCGAAAACUAAGGCAAAGAAACGACGAAAGAAGAUUGUACCAGAGAACAGUGCACGUUCAACAGCUGGCUUUUGUUUACAUCAAUAAUAUUUUAUUCAAACUAAAUUUCGAUGGCAAUCAUUGAACAUUUUUUGAAACUACAAAAAAGGGUCACAAACUUCGGGGUAAUGCUAGGCGGCAGUGCGGAUCGUCUAUGCACACCGAGCACGUCAGCUGGCCCAUUUCGUAUAUUUGCCGUUACAGGUUUCCAAAACCGGGCAAAUGAUAUUGUCUAUUGCCCACCGAUACGACCCACGGGCAGCGAGAAUGCCGAGGAUUCGACGGCCGUUGUUUACUUCGGAGGGGAUGUACAGGACUUUCCGGAGAGCAUGGAAACGAAUCGAGAUAGUCGCGGCUAUAUGAAAUACAAUUUAGAGAACUCCGCUAUACUACUACGUGAGGCUUUUCCGCGCGCACACAUCAUUGUCAUCCGGCCUGUAAGAAUGGAGUUCAAAACAUUCAGCUGUUUUGAUAAUUUUGUACGUGGCAACAACGCCGGUGUCCCUGAUCACACCCCUAUGAAUCAUGCGUUGCAACAUUUAGAAAAAUUAUUACAAAAUCUUUCUCAACGACUGAUUUCCAUACCCGAAAAUGAAAUAAUGGAUCAAGCUGCACAGGCUGCUGCUGCUGCCGCAGCUGUGGCUGCUGCAGCUGCGUUGGUAUCCUCCACGCUCUCCACAGCAUCUACAGACUCGUCGGCCUCGUCGUCAACGUUGAAUGAUAAUAAUCAGGACAUGGAUAUUGACAUAUUGCAAGUUCAAGAGAAUGUGACUGUUGAUGCUGAUGGUGCUGAAAUAUUUCCAAAUGUUGGUAGUGGUAGUGGUGGCGGUGUUGUUGGUAGCAGUAAUAGUAACAGUGGAAGUAUUUCGGCAUCAGUCAACAACGUUACAAACACUAGCAUGUCGCCAACGAUCACAACUUCACAAAGCACGCAAUCUGCUCCUUUGCAACCAACCACUCAGCAAACGCAGUCCAAUAACGCACAGCAUUUUAAUAAUAUUGGUAAUAAUAGCAACAAUGGUAAUGAGUGUUUAACACAGCAACAACAACAACUUACACGUCAAAACAGCAAUCCUUUAUGGUGGCGAGAGAAUUUGAAUUUGGAUAAAGCAAAGUUGGUUUUAAUUGGCUUUAGCAAAGGCUGUGUGGUCCUGAAUCAAUUCAUUUACGAGUUCCACUACUUAAAAACUCUUACACCGGAUGAUAGUACAAUGAUACGCCUGCUUUCACGUAUCAAAGACAUGUAUUGGCUGGAUGGUGGGCAUGGUGGCCAAAAGAACACAUGGAUAACGUCUAGAAGCCUAUUAGAAACGCUUACGCGAAUGGGCAUGAAUAUUCAUGUACAUCUGACGCCGUAUCAGGUGCAAGAUGACCGUCGGCCGUGGAUACGAAAGGAAGAAAAAAUCUUCACAGAUAUGCUUCGCCGUUUAGGAGCACCGAUUACACGUCAUCUGCACUAUGAUAGUCAAACGGCGAAUUUGAUGACACAUUUCGAAGUUUUGCAAGCCUUUUGUCAGCACAUUCAUGCGCUAAAUCAGCAACAGCAAUUGCAAAUGCAACAACAACAUCAAACCACACAACAACAGCAGCAGCAAACAUCAGCUCUACAACCUUUGCAGCAAUCUUCGAGCAACAUUCAAAUGAAUGACCAACUGCAACAACAGCAACAACAACUUCAGCAAGCACAGCAAAACAGUUCGAAUCGCUCAGAGUUGGGCAAGACAAGCCCCAGCGGACCGAAGUGACA